AACAGGACUCGGAAAUCAGAUGAGGACAGCUGCUGUGUGAUUUCAGCGAUUCCGGACUGUUCUGGCGAAAGAGCAAUCUUGAUUUAACAUGGCAGACAAAAAAGCGAAGGAAAAGGAUCCCAUUGACAUCGUUCACCAGAAUGCCAUCCACGUCGAGACGAUUGUGAAAGAAAAAAGAUGUCAGAAGCUGUAUACAAAGUUCAGCAUCAACCCAUACAAGAAACUUCACGUUUUGACGGAUAAGCCCAUGUCGACGAACACUCACGAGCAGAUGGAGGCGGAUCCUACAUUCCUAAGGAUAAUUCAUGGAGCGCACCUAGAACCAACAAAGAAGUACACUUACCCAAUGACGGAAAGCCAAGAGAUUGGCUGGAUAUCUACUCCUCUGAUCGUGUCUGACCGCAGUGACCGGAGACUCAACUUCCCCCGGCAGAACUCCGAAAUCACCAAGUAUAUGGAUGCUGCGUGGCGCCUCAAAGAACAGACCCAAAACCUGCGCUAAAAGUCACACUGCCGACACAAGGAACAGCUACUCUAUAAAUCAAAGACUGUUGACAGACAACCAUGUAUUCAUGUUAUUUCUAUUUGCUUACCCUUUAGGUUGAAUGUCUCAUAAUGAUAGAUAGCCCAAGAUAACUUUUUUUCUUGUUUAUGCAAAAUAAAAUCACAAAGUAUAAACCUCUGUCUCACCAAAAGAUACAACUGUCAGUAAAUCAUAUAGUAUUAGCAAUAUUGACUGAUCAAAAGGCUACAUAAAUAAUGAUCAAUAUUUUAAAAUGUCGUGCCAUGACAUAUGAUCAAUCAUAAGGACCUGAAUUAUGUGUACGAAUUUGUGUCCCAAAAUUCAAUAACAAUCUGCCAUCCGCACGCUCAGUAUUUAUGCCAGUUUAGUCAUGAUUUUAGAAGGUCCAGUUCAAGGUACUUCUGAUUGUUUUAAAGCUCUUAAUGGGCUGGUGCCUAGUUACAUCACUGACCCCAUGCAUCUGCACCAAGUCCCCAGAUCUCGCAGAUCUGCUGACAAAGCUCUUCCCCCGGUCAAGGCUCAAACAAAAAGGUGACAGAGCCUUUGCAGUUGCAGUGCCACGGCUGUGGAACCAACUGCCCCUGGACAUUAAUGCUCCCUCCAUCUUUGUUUAGUCUAGUCUAAGUCUAGGCUCAAAACCCACCUUUUCACCUUAUCCUUCCCAGCUUCCUAACCCUCUGUCUGUUGCCCUAUCUGUAACUCUAGGUCUCCUGUUGUUAUUGCUGUUGAGUCAUUGUUGCUAUUGAUCUGUGUCUGUCUGCUGUUGCUGGUCUCAUACUGUAAUUAAUUGUUUACUUAUUUUUACUUUAUUUUUUGUUUUUUACUUCAUUAUUUUAUUUUGUACAGCACUUUGUGUUUAAAUGUGCUAUAUAAAUAAAUACAUUUUACUUACCUACUA